UCUCGUUUUCGCUUUCGAUUCCACCUCUGUCUGAUCUGCAAUCAGCCACAACAGCACCCACGCCGCAGGUCAGAUACUAUAUUCAUUUGUUUGCGAUCUGGCCGCCAGUCUCGUCAUUUGUAUUUUGACGCACUGUGCACCAUUGGUAGACUCGCACGCCAUUACCAAUCACGUUGGUCCGAUCGUCUUGUCUUGGAGGAACUGGGUGCAUUUCCUAGCCUGCCCCGUCCACCCUCCUACCUGCCAUCCGCUAUCCGCCAACGCCAGUGCCCGCACCCACUGAUUGCACACUGGUUUACCUGACCGCACCUCCUCCUACUAAAAAAGUACACUACUCCAAUACUACGGACCACCACUUCCAGGCCAGCUAACGUACCAGCGUGCCAGCCUACUGCCAGUGCCAGUGCCAGUGCCAGACAUCGGUGAUCGACGCCAUCUCUUCCGUACCUCGUCCACACCUCUGCAGAUCCGCCCUCAACCUCCAAUCUUCCGCCUGCCAGCUUCAUACCUGCGCUCCUUUCGUCUUCAUCAUUUCUACACCAAACCACUCCACAUCUACAUCCAACACCCACCCUGCCACCAACCUCACCCACCGUCACCUCACUUCCUUCUGGCAGCGCUUGUUCAUUCGUUUAUUCUUGCGGCUGCCGUCCGAAAAUAACAUCUGCGUUCAGAAAUUUCCGGGCCUCCUCCCUUGAUAUUGACGAGCUCCAUUCUGAACCCUUCACUGCCGCUUGCAUACAUCUAGACAAUUGACAUCAUGGGGUGCGGUGCGAGCAAAGAAGACUCCGCCGGCAAGGCAAGAAACGAUGAAAUCGACAACCAGCUCAAGCGCGAUAAAAUGGCCCAACGCAAUGAGAUCAAGAUGCUUCUACUUGGGGCCGGCGAGUCGGGAAAAUCUACCAUCCUUAAGCAGAUGAAGCUUAUCCACGAAGGAGGUUACUCACGAGAUGAACGCGAAUCUUUCAAGGAGAUCAUCUUCUCCAACACCGUCCAAUCCAUGCGCGUCAUCUUGGAGGCCAUGGAGUCCCUGGAAUUGCCUCUGGACGAUCAGCGAGCCGAGUACCAUGUUCAAACAAUUUUCAUGCAACCGCCCCAAAUCGAAGGAGAUAGCUUGCCCCCCGAGGUUGGCGCUGCAAUCAAAGCACUGUGGCAAGAUGUCGGUGUUCAGGAAUGCUUCAAACGGUCGCGCGAGUACCAACUUAAUGAUUCGGCUCGAUACUACUUUGAUUCCAUUGAUCGUAUCGCUGCUCACGACUAUAUGCCCAGCGAUCAAGAUGUUCUUCGAUCUCGAGUCAAAACCACCGGUAUUACCGAAACAACCUUCAUCAUCCAAGACCUGACCUAUCGUAUGUUUGACGUUGGUGGACAAAGAUCAGAAAGAAAGAAAUGGAUUCACUGCUUCGAAAACGUCACCACAAUCCUCUUCCUUGUCGCCAUUUCAGAAUACGACCAGUUGCUUUUCGAAGACGAAACGGUCAACCGAAUGCAGGAGGCCCUCACCCUCUUUGACAGCAUUUGCAACUCGAGAUGGUUCAUCAAGACCAGCAUCAUCUUAUUCCUGAACAAAAUCGAUCGAUUCAAGGAGAAGCUCCCCGUGAGCCCAAUGCAAAAUUACUUCCCUGAUUAUGAGGGUGGCCCAGAUUAUGCCGCGGCUUGUGAUUACAUCCUCAACAGAUUCGUCUCGCUCAAUCAAGCUGAGACCAAACAAAUAUAUACUCACUUCACAUGCGCCACCGACACUACUCAGAUCAGAUUCGUCAUGGGCGCCGUCAAUGACAUCAUCAUCCAGGAGAACUUGAGGAUGUGCGGUUUAAUAUGAUGACAUGGACUCUUCCCAGACCUUUCUUCCUCCAAACUCCGAUGUUCACGACUGCAUACACUUUUGGCGUUCACGACACGUUCUUAUAUCCUUUCACCUCAAACUCGAUGUCUUUUUGCACCGACACUUCACCACUAUUCAGCCCUGAUUUGACUCUAGGCAUCCACCAUCUUGAACUACGUCUGCUCGUCGUGCGAGUGGAUAUUGCCAACAAUUACUACUCUCGAGCUCAGCUGCUCCGGACUCUGAGUUUUCGCAAGCAUUCACCUUUCCGUGCCGGGAGUUUUGAUUUGCCUUUGUUGAGACUAUUGCCGCCGAUAGCCAAGGUGCCAAACCAGCACGCAUCCCCCUGUCGUCGUCGCCACGUCACCACCGUCGCCUGGCUAGCUCCAGGAUUUCUUUCAGCUCGUGUGCGGCCACAUCAUAUAGGACGAAGGUGCUCUUGCUGGUAUUUCAUUUAUCUUUCUUCGUUGAAACUUUCUUUUUGCAGAAUAGCAGGAUAGGAGAGGAGUUGAGGGGAGUCAUGGGCAUGGAGGAUGUUGCCACGAUGGUCCGUUUCUUGAGGGGGUGCACGUCUGUGAUACGACAGCAGACACGGGUGGAGCAAGGGCGAAGUCUCGUUGGAUGGACGUUCGAUGAGGUGCGUAUUCACCCGACUGAGAAUAACGACAGGAUGGGGAUGGGUGAAGGACAGCCUAGCCUACAUGCGGCUAGGAAGCGAGACUCCUGCAGAUGAUUUGUAGACGAAAAGUUGUGUCCAGGAAUGGAGAGGGUGGGAGAAGAGACGAGACGAGACGAGGACCAGACAGAGCGAGGCAAUUUACAGUGAGGUAUUCUGGUGGCCGCCGUGUACGUAUGUAUAUCACUCGAACGAUUGAACAAGAGUAUCGAUAAUCAAAAGCGCUGCUUCUCGG